AUGCCUCUGACCGGUGAUGAGCUUGUGUGCCCGAAGUUCCAGCCCAACAUCUUCGACUCCACCCGCUGCCACGACUGUUUACGACAGAAACACCUGCACAACUCCUCACCUGAACACGACACAACUGCUGCUCACAGCCAGGGGAAAGACACCAGCACCAAGGAGGACUCAGAUGUGCUGUCAGUGGUGAGCAGCUACUGUGAUGUCAGCAGAGGGGGGUGUGGCUUCAAGGACGGCUCCCUCUGUAUUUUGAGCGCAGACUGUGACCUGUGCGUGUGUGACGGAGACGACGAUCAAAGCUCUGACAGUCAGUGUGACGAUUCCAUAUACAGCAGCUCAGUCAGUGUUGAGGAAGAAACAAACGUCCUUCAUUACCCUUCAUCUCACUGCAGGAUGACUCGUUUGGAUCAGUCAUCACACCGGUCGAGUCCUCGGGGCUGGACAGAGGUAGCCCGCAGCCGUGAUGCCUUUGGAUCCUUGGGGUUUUCUCACGGUAGUGCGAAGGAAAAGAGAGAUCGGGAGAGCGGAUAUUUCUCUCUAGGAAGAGCUGCGGGUAGUAGAGCCAUCUGUGAUAAAGGCUCUCCUCCUCCUUAUCGGCAUUCUGAGAGAGGCCAUCCCCUCCCGAGCAACAAAAGCCCAGAACCCAAAGCCACUAUUCCCUUCCGGAACCCGGGUCUGGGCGUUCCCUCUGAAAGGAGAACCGGUGAGAUACAGAACGCUGAUCUGAUGAACUAUCCUCCACAACCCUUGACUCCUGAUCCAGUGGAUCUCAGUGUAGAGGUGGAGGCUCUCGCUGGUCCCAGAUCUCUGAGUCCCACUCCUUUCAAACAAGCCGAAUCACUCAUCACCUCCAAACGAAGAGUUGAACGAAACCUCCCGUCGUCCUCCUACCCAAUGCUUGGCUCUUCCCAAAGAAGUUCCAGUCUGUCGCGCUCCUCGUCUCCAGGUCGUAGUAUCUCUCCACUCAGGCGGGGCGAGUCCACCUCCUCUCUAAACACGCUGGGUUUUCGCUCUGGCAGUUUGGUGCGGGGACGAGAGAAGGUGUCCGGCACUCCUGCUCGGAACGGUCACGCUGGAGGCUCGCAGAAGAACUUGCGCUCACUGGCAAGCACCGUGGGCACGGUCAGCAGUGUCAGUAAGUCCUACAUGGAUCUGAGAGGCUCUUCCCGGAAUUCAGAGAAGAACAGCUCUCCCGUCGGCUCUACACUGAACCGUGGUGGAUCCACACCUUCCAGGCGGAGUAAUGAUGGUCCUCGGCAAACGUCUGUUUGGAAAAGUGAAACAAGCCCUUCAUUCGAGUACAGUCAUGAGAGACAGAGCUCACCCCACGCAGGUAGACAAUAUGAUGCGAGAAGCCAGUCCCCUAAAGGCAGAAAGGAGAUGGAUCGCUCCUCAAAUCAGAUUCGAGAGGGUCGUCGGAGUGCAUCUCCAGUCAGAAAGGGUUACGGAACAGAGAAAAGGUCCACGUCCAACGGCUGGUGUUAUAACAGAGAAAGUCCCCCGUCAUCCAGGAAAGGCUACAACACUCAAAUCCAAGCAUCACUGAAGAAAGCAGAAGUCAAGCGAGCCAGCCGACACUCCUCCCCCAGUAGAGGUCAUCAUCAAAGCCCUGACCAAUCAUCGCUUUACAAAACCAAAACAAGCCAGGUGAACUUGGCUCGUGAGCUGAAGAGCCGCAGUUCCUCCCCGUUAAGGUGGGGAAAUGACAAUCCUAGCCAAUCCUUACCUCGCAAAACAGAGAUUGGCCGGCGCUCUGCUACACUGAGGCACGACCCUACAGGCCACGCCCCUCUCAGGAACACAGCGAGUGACAGAACAGACUCCGCCUCUUAUGUAAAAGACACAAACAAAUCACAGUGUGAAUCAAACCCUCCGUUAGGUCACUGGAGAGGCUCCACCCACUCUCUCCUCAGCCAGUCGGUGUCACGUAGCUCCUCCCCGUCCCGCAACAGCUCCUCUCACCGAUCCGCUCCCGUUGCCUGGGAAACGUCGCAAAGUGUUAGUAAGAGAAGCAGCGUAAAGCCGGAGCGAGAGAUUCAAAGCUCCACCCCUAACAGGCGACCAUCAGUGUCCCAAAAACAAAGUCUUUCACCUUCAAUGCAAAGACACACCUCUUCACAGAGCUCAAUGGACUCGGAGUCAAGCCAUCUGUCAGCCGGAUCUUCAGGACUGAACCGAGAGGAAUACACCAUGAUGGCCGACCUUCCUAAAGUCAAAACCGUCAUGCAGAGGGAGGGUCCCAGUCACCUGGACAGACUCAGAAGCCAACAGAGACGAGAACUUUCCCUCUACAAACCAGCCAGUCACUGUCAAAGCAAAGCUCCUAACUCAGACUGGGAUGAAGUAGAGGAAGAGAGAGACGCUGGUAGACUGUCAAGAGCACACUCCCCUAGCUCACUACAUACACAGACAGCGAGCAGUCCGUCUUCAGAGCAGAUUCACAAGAAUCCGUCCAGAUCAUCAGAACACAAGCAGAAAGCACACAGACCGUCGGUGUAUUUCUCCUGCAGUGUGGAACAGACUGAUGAGGAAUCCGUCCAACAGGCACGUGCUAAUAUCUUCAUUUAAUCUUCUUUAGGGGCUGUCAUUUAUCUGUGACUUUGGCCUCUCUAUCGCCAUCUCUGUUUGAAACAUACAACUGCAGUCAAACGUGACAUUCCCCACAAAAUCUGAAUCACUUAAACCAUUA